CAUCAACAUUCCCGGAGAGUAUCGCAGCUGUUGUGGUACCAUGAACCCUUGAUGUCGUUACUCCAAUGUCCGUUAUUAUGGAGUUGAUGCAACAUGUAUUUCGGACCCCAGAAGCGUGCUCUUUGUCGUAAUGCCCUGACUUCUGAGACUGUGAAUGCCAAAAGAGGACUCCACCCUUGAUUCUUGACACAGUAUUGUUCAGACAUGGCGUUAUUCUCUCGCGCAACCUACAUCACCACCGACAACGAAGCCACAGGCGUCAGUAUCGCAACAUGGUUUCUCGCAACCACUUUCAUUAUCAUGUUUCUUUCCCGCCAGUCAGUCAGGUACGUUAUGCUUCGGAGGGUUCAGCUCGACGAUUACUUGAUGACCGGAGCAAUGAUACUUUCCUUAGGCCUCUCCCUAGCCUAUUCCAUCGCAGCAUCACAUGGAAUGGGAAAUAAGGUUGUUUCGGUUGCGGAUGCCCAUACUAUUCAGAAAGCCUAUUACGCCGCAGACCUGCUCUACAUCAUGGCUCUCUGCUGUGUAAAGCUCUCGCUUGUCAUUUUCUUCAACAACAUCGCCGUGGAUGAAAAGCAAAAGCGAGUUAUUCUCGGUUUGGGCGCAUUCGCAAUCAUGUCCGCUAUUUCUACGCUGUUUGCAGCUGCUUUACAGUGUGGAGGUCCUCGCUCAUGGGAGGUGAUGACCCUUCACUGCUUCAACCAGAGUGCUUUCUGGACCGCAUUUGGCGUUCUUGACAUGUUCACGGAUUGUUCGAUUAUAGUCCUUUCUAUCAUGCUAGUAUGGGAUCUUCGCAUUCCGAUUUCGCGAAAAGCGGUCGUUGUAGGCUGUUUCGCUCCCCGUGUGCUAGUCAUCGCAGCAGCUGCCUGUAGGCUUGCAUAUCUAGCAACAAUCUCUCCCCAUAAGAAUCCCGCUUUCAACGUCUGGGUCUCGGUCAUCUGUACCGAAGUGCAAAUUUGCUUAAGCAUCUCUACGGCUUGCAUACCAUGUAUCAAGCCCUUCUUUGAGGGCGUCGAGUCUGGUGUAUGGCAAUCGGAUCAUCUCCGGCGUCGGGGGUUCUCUAUCAAUGAUUUAUAUAGCAAGGGAUACGCCAAAAGAAGCGAGGCUUGGACGGACUCGCAAAGAACGGGUUCUGUUCCGAAGACGGAGGCUGAAGUGCAGGUCACAGUUCAACACGUUACACCGAGCGAGGACGGUGAGUUGUCCGCGUUGCCGGCAUUUGAGGGAGGGAAGUGGGAGGGAAUUGAUGCGCAUUAGUGUACACCAAACGAGUUGUAGAUGGAGAUACUUGAAAAGACCCGGUCGCUUUUAAGAGUAAUAUUUCAAGUAUUCGAGCUCUGGCGGAUGUACUUCUCGCGGAUGUACUUCUCUUGAAUGAGCUCGCGCAAUAGCAGUAGGGCUCUAGCGAGAAUUGAUCCAGCUAAUGUCUACU